GGGGUUUCGAUCUUGGCAACGAUGACGACGACGACGCUCCGGGCCGGCGACGUGCAGAAGAUGCUCGAGGCCAACGACAAGAUGCUUCAGACGUGGAAGACGCUGCUCGAGGGCCGACCCAGCACGGACAAGACGGCCGAGUACAAGGAAUGGCACAUCAAGUGCGUGCGCUACAAGGAGCAGAUCUCACGGUCGCUGGAGCGCCUCGCCGCGAUGGCCGACGACCAGAUUGCCAAGAAAGAGACGGCGCCAUCGACGACGACGCCGUCCCCGCGCCAGAGUCCCCCGCCGGCGACCACAAAACCAGUAGCGCCGACGCAAUCGCCUGCACAAGCGCAGCAGCAACAGCUUCUCCAGCAACAGCAGCAGGCACUGGUCAAGCAGCAAGCCGCUCUGCAGCAGCAGAAGCUCCAGCAACAGCAAGCAGCCCUUCAACAACAAAAACAGCAGCAGCUCCAAAAGCAACAACAACAGCAACAACAACAACAACAGAAGCAGCUACAGCAAAAGCAAGCACAGGCGCUGCAACAACAGCAACAACAACAACAACAGCAGCAGCAAAAGGCAGCGCAGCAGCCUAAACAAGGGGCCGCGCCAGCGACCACUCCCAUGCAGCUCAACGCGGCCGGUUUUGCUAACACGGCGGACCUCUCGGCCCUCUUCAGUAAUCCGUCCAUGGUCAUGGCCAACAUGGGCUCGCUUAGCGGGUUUCCAAUGCAGUCAUCUUCCGGCGGCAAUGCGACGUCGGAGCUCCUCUUCAAUCCGAUGGAUCCGGUCCACCAAGCGCAGCUCAAUAUGUACAACUUCAACCUGCUCCAGCAACAAGCCUUCUCCAACGCACAGUUGUACCCUGGCUCGUUCAACCCGGCGAUGAACACGAUGAUGCAGUACGCCAACGCCGGGUUCAUGCUCCCGACGACGACGACGACGACGACGACAACUUCGACAACGCCGGCCAGUGCGUCGUCGACGACUAGCGCAUUUGCCUUCAACGACCACGACACGGUCAAUAGCGUCAUGGACGACUUUCUGUCGCAGCCCGAGUAAGCGUCGCGUCGUCUGUAGUAGGACGUGUAGAUAUUAACACACAAGACCC